AUGGCGCGGGCCAAGCUGCCGCGCUCGCCGUCCGAGGGCAAGGCGGGCCCGGGGGGCGCCCCGGCCGGCGCCGCGGCCCCUGAGGAGCCGCACGGGCUCAGCCCGCUGCUGCCGGCCCGCGGCGGGGGCUCCGUGGGCAGCGACGUGGGCCAGAGGCCCCACGUGGAGGAUUUCAGCCUGGAGUCCUCCCUCUCUCAGGUCCAGGUGGAGUUCUACGUGAAUGAGAACACAUUCAAGGAGCGGCUCAAACUGUUCUUCAUCAAAAACCAAAGAUCCAGCCUGAGGAUCCGGCUGUUCAACUUCUCCCUGAAGCUCCUCACCUGCCUGCUCUACAUCAUCCGGGUCCUGCUGGACAACCCGGCCCUGGGCAUCGGAUGCUGGGGCUGUGUGAAGCAGAAGUACACCUUCAAUGGCUCCUCCUCCGAGAUCAACUGGGCCCCAAUCCUGUGGGUGGAGAGGAAGAUGGCUCUGUGGGCGAUUCAGGUCAUCGUGGCCACAAUAAGCUUCCUGGAGACCAUGCUCCUCAUCUACCUCAGCUACAAAGGCAACAUCUGGGAGCAGAUCAUCCGAGUGUCCUUCAUCCUAGAGAUGGUCAACACACUGCCCUUCAUCAUCACGAUCUUCUGGCCGCCGUUGCGGAACCUGUUCAUCCCGGUGUUCCUCAACUGCUGGCUGGCCAAGCACGCACUGGAGAAUAUGAUCAACGACUUCCACCGUGCCAUCCUGAGGACGCAGUCGGCCAUGUUCAACCAGGUCCUGAUCCUCUUCUGCACCCUGCUGUGCCUCGUGUUCACGGGGACCUGUGGCAUCCAGCACCUGGAGCGAGCUGGCGAGAACCUGAACCUGCUCACUUCCUUCUACUUCUGCAUCGUCACCUUCUCCACGGUGGGCUACGGCGAUGUGACGCCCAAGAUCUGGCCAUCCCAGUUCCUGGUGGUCAUCAUGAUUGGUGUGGCCCUGGUCGUGCUCCCACUGCAGUUUGAAGAGCUUGUCUAUCUCUGGAUGGAGCGGCAGAAGUCUGGGGGCAACUACAGCCGCCACCGCGCACAGACGGAGAAGCAUGUGGUGCUGUGUGUCAGCUCCCUCAAGAUCGACCUCCUCAUGGACUUCCUGAAUGAGUUCUACGCCCACCCCCGGCUCCAGGACUACUACGUGGUCAUCCUAUGCCCCACUGAAAUGGACGUCCAGGUGCGCAGGGUUCUGCAGAUCCCCUUGUGGUCUCAGCGGGUCAUCUACCUCCAGGGCUCUGCCCUCAAGGACCAAGACCUCAUGCGGGCCAAGAUGGACAAUGGGGAGGCCUGCUUCAUCCUGAGCAGCAGGAACGAGGUGGACCGCACAGCCGCAGACCACCAGACCAUUCUGAGGGCCUGGGCCGUUAAGGACUUCGCCCCCAACUGCCCUCUCUACGUCCAGAUCCUCAAGCCUGAGAACAAGUUUCACGUUAAGUUUGCUGACCACGUGGUGUGCGAGGAAGAGUGCAAGUACGCCAUGCUGGCCCUGAACUGCAUCUGCCCAGCCACCUCCACCCUCAUCACCCUGCUGGUGCACACGUCCCGCGGCCAGGAAGGACAGGAGUCACCGGAGCAGUGGCAGCGCAUGUACGGACGCUGCUCCGGCAACGAAGUCUACCAUAUCCGCAUGGGCGACAGCAAGUUCUUCCGCGAGUACGAGGGCAAGAGCUUCACGUACGCGGCUUUCCACGCCCACAAGAAGUACGGCGUGUGCCUCAUGGGGCUGAAGCGAGAGGACGACAAGAGCAUCCUGCUGAACCCGGGGCCGCGGCACAUCCUGGCCGCCUCCGACACCUGCUUCUACAUCAACAUCACCAAGGAGGAGAACUCGGCCUUCAUCUUCAAGCAGGAGGAGAAGCAGAAGAAGGGGCAGGGGCUCUACGAGGGGCCCUCCCGCCUGCCGGUGCACAGCAUCAUCGCCUCCAUGGGGACAGUGGCCAUGGACUUACAGAACACAGAGUGCCGUCCCUCGCAGAGUGGUGGGGGCGGCGGGGGCAACAAGCUGAUGGUGCCCACGGAGAACGGCUCAGGCAGCCGUCGGCCCAGCAUAGCCCCGGUCCUGGAGCUGGCAGACAGCUCAACCCUGCUGCCCUGUGACCUGCUGAGUGACCAGUCUGAGGAUGAGGUGACGCCCUCAGAUGACGAGGGGCUCUCCGUGGUCGAGUACGUGAAGGGCUACCCCCCUAACUCGCCCUACAUCGGCAGCUCCCCCACCCUGUGCCACCUCCUGCCGGUGAAAGCACCCUUCUGCUGUCUUCGUCUUGACAAGGGCUGCAAGCACAACAGCUACGAGGACGCCAAGGCCUACGGGUUCAAGAACAAGCUCAUCAUCGUCUCGGCCGAGACUGCCGGCAACGGGCUCUACAACUUCAUCGUGCCUCUGCGGGCCUACUACCGCUCACGCAAAGAGCUCAACCCCAUCGUGCUGCUACUGGACAACAAGCCUGAUCACCACUUCCUGGAGGCCAUCUGCUGCUUCCCCAUGGUCUACUACAUGGAGGGCUCUGUGGACAACCUGGACAGCCUGCUGCAGUGCGGCAUCAUCUACGCGGACAACCUGGUGGUGGUGGACAAGGAGAGCACCAUGAGCGCAGARGAGGACUACAUGGCCGACGCCAAGACCAUCGUCAACGUGCAGACCAUGUUCCGGCUUUUCCCCAGCCUCAGCAUCACCACGGAGCUCACCCAUCCUUCCAACAUGCGGUUCAUGCAGUUCCGUGCCAAGGACAGCUAUUCUCUGGCUCUCUCCAAACUCGAAAAGCGGGAGCGGGAGAAUGGCUCCAACCUGGCCUUCAUGUUCCGCCUGCCCUUCGCUGCGGGACGGGUCUUCAGCAUUAGCAUGUUGGACACGCUUCUGUAUCAGUCCUUCGUGAAAGACUACAUGAUCAGCAUCACCAGGCUGCUGCUGGGCCUCGACACCACCCCAGGCUCCGGCUACCUCUGCGCUAUGAAGAUCACAGAGGACGACCUGUGGAUCCGCACCUACGGCCGCCUCUUCCAGAAGCUCUGCUCCUCCAGCGCAGAGAUCCCCAUCGGCAUCUACAGGACCGAGUGUCAUGUCUUCACCUCCGAGCCCCAUGACCUCAGAGCCCAGUCCCAGGUCUCAGUGAACGUGGAGGACCGUGAAGACACACGGGAGGUCAAGGGGCCCUGGGGCACACGGGCCGGUCCUGGUAGUGGCCACGGCUGCCACACGAGCAGUGGCGAUCCUGCCGAGCACCCGCUUCUGCGGCGCAAGAGCCUACAGUGGGCCCGGAAGCUGAGCCGCAGGGGCACCAAGCACACAGGGAAGGUACCCGCGGCCACCGAGUGGGUCAACCAGCAGCGGCUCAGCCUCUACCGGCGCUCUGAGCGCCAGGAGCUCUCCGAGCUGGUCAAGAACCGCAUGAAGCACCUGGGGCUGCCCACCACUGGCUAUGAGGACGUAGCAAAUCUAACAGCCAGUGAUGUCAUGAAUCGGGUAAACCUGGGAUAUUUGCAAGAUGAGAUGAAUGAUCAGCAGAACACCCUCUCCUACGUCCUCAUCAACCCCCCGCCUGACACGAGGCUGGAGCCCAACGACAUUGUGUAUCUCAUUCGCUCUGACCCUCUGGCCCACGUGGCCAGCAGCUCCCAGAGCCGGAAGAGCAGCUGUAGCAACAAGCUGUCCUCCUGCAACCCAGAGACUCGAGACGAGACCCAGCUCUGA